UUUGUAACAAAGUGGCUGUGUUCCUUCCCAGGGCAUGAGAAUCGCUUUCUCCGAAAAAGAGUUUCAGGAGCAGUUGGAAUCGGCCCGGAGAGAAGCAAAGAAGUCUUUCAACGAUGACGCCAUGUUGAUAGAGAAAUUUGUUGAUAAUCCAAGGCAUGUGGAAGUUCAGGUGUUCGGCGAUCAGCACGGCAAUGCAGUCUACUUGUUUGAAAGAGACUGUAGCGUACAGAGAAGACACCAGAAGAUCAUUGAGGAAGCUCCAGGGCCAGGAAUUAAACUUGAUGUGAGAAGAAAACUCGGAGAGGCGGCUGUCAAGGCUGCUAAAGCUGUGAAUUACGUUGGGGCAGGCACGGUAGAAUUCAUCAUGGAUAGCGAGCACAACUUCUACUUCAUGGAGAUGAACACUCGGCUGCAAGUGGAGCAUCCAGUCACAGAGAUGAUCACGGGGACUGACCUGGUGGAGUGGCAAUUGAGGGUUGCUGCAGGAGAGGAACUCCCUUUGACUCAGGAAGAGAUCUCAUUCAAGGGACAUGCGUUCGAAGCCCGGAUCUAUGCUGAAGAUCCCAACAACAACUUCAUGCCAGGCGCUGGUCCUUUGUUGCAUGUGUCCACGCCGCUUGCCGACAGCUGCACCCGCAUAGAAACUGGGGUAAGACAAGGAGAUGAGGUUUCCAUACACUACGACCCUAUGAUCGCUAAAUUAGUAGUUUGGGCAGAGGAUCGUCGAGCAGCCUUGAGGAAGUUAAGAUACUGCCUUCGACAGUACAAUAUUGUAGGGCUGAGCACCAACAUUGAUUUCUUACUGAGUCUCUCGGGCCACCCGGAGUUUGAGGCUGGGAACGUUCAUACCAGCUUCAUCCCUCAACACUACAAGGAGCUCUUCCCGCCCAAGGAGGCCGUCUCUAAAGUGGCCCUGUGUCAGGCAGCCUUCGGGCUCCUGCUGAGAGAGAAGGUGGCAACGGAUGCUUUUGGAGUGCGCUCCGGAGAUAAGUUCUCACCAUUUGCAUCCAGCAGCGGCAGGAGACUAAACAUGCCCUUCGUUAGAAACCUGAUUCUUCGAGAUGGUGAAAACGAUGUGAAUGUAGCUAUAACCUACAAUCACGAUGGGUCAUACCACAUGCAGAUCCAGGAUCAGUCUUUCCACGUUUGGGGGGACCUUUCAGGCGAGAACGACUUGGAAUGCAUAAGAUGCUCGGUGAAUGGAGUCGUUCAUCAAUCCAAGAUGGUCGUCGCAGAUGAUGCCGUUUACCUCUUCACGCUGGAAGGCAGAGAGCAGAUUGGGCUCCCAGUACCAAAAUACUUAUCUGGAGUGAGUGCAGCCGGAGAUCCGGGUGGGGCUGUGGCCCCUAUGACGGGAACCAUAGAAAAGGUGUUUGUGAAAGCCGGCGAUAAAGUCCAAGUUGGGGAUCCACUGGUUGUGAUGAUAGCUAUGAAAAUGGAGCACACUAUCCGGGCCUCGAAAGCUGGGAUAAUAAAGAAGGUUCAUUACCUGGAGGGAUCACAGGCCAGCAGACACGCUCCAUUGGUAGAGUUAGUGGACGAAGACUCGGAAUCGGAAUAAUUCCCAGUGAAUCAAGGUGGUACAUGUUGAUUCGAUCUUUUCCCCCUCGCGAAAUCAUCUUAAGAUUUUUUUUUUAUUUAUUUGAUUACUAAUAAAAGCAUUUUCCUAUGC